CAGCUCCACUGCUCGUCUGCUCCAGGCUGAAGGUAACAUGGCAGGAGUCAUAACAAAUUUCUUUAUCGCAUCUUUGUUUAUGUGGGCAGUUCCUAUUGCAAUUCUUUAUGGUUUCAAUCAUAAUUUAUUUCCUGGUAUGACUGACUUCUCUCCAUACUCUGUAACACUGCUCAGUGGGUUUCUAGCUGUCAUUUCCGUCAACGUUGUUAUAGCAUUUUACAUUUACAUGGCAAUGAGAGAAAGCUCAGAGAAGCAUGAACCGGAUCCUAAAUUCCUUGCAGAUGCCAAGGCUAGUAGUGUCAGCCUGAGGCAGGAUGGUCAGGGUGAUACAAAUGAUUCAUCUGCAACACAUUCAAAAAAUGAAUAGGUAACUCAAUCCCGGAUAGCGGAGCGUAGCGGCGAGCCCUAAAAACGCUAAAGCGGUAUAGCGGAUAGCGGGAUGACCGCUAUUUGGACUACUUUCAAUAUAAUAGAUAAGUAACUACUGGAAGCAUAUACUCCAUAUAAUACAUUACAUACACAUUUUGAAUUCAAAAAGUAUUAUAUAUGUCAAUGAAGGUUGAAAACAUCACAUUCAUAAAUCCUAAAUUACUUAGAAAUACUCUUCAGUUUCAUGAGCAAAACAUAAGAUGCUAUUAAUGACAGUAGACUCCAUACGAGAUGAUAAAGAACUUUGUUGUACAAGAUGAAUAGUGAGCAGAAGAAAGGAAGACUGCAGCAAAGGUUGAUCUUCUUGUAAAAGUUGUUGCAACAGAAUUAGAAGAAUGAAAGAACUCAAGAAGAUGAAGCAGCAGAUUCUACCAGUGGAAAGAAGCGAAGAGGAGUGCAAAGGCUGUCGUUCUUGAAGGAGAUGUCAUCGCAGAGCAGAAAGAUAUCAUCGCAGAGCAGAAAGAAUGAGAUACGCAGAGCAGAAAUAUAUGUGUUUGCACUUCUACGAACGUAUAGAAGGGUUUUAAGUGUAUAAUAUCUUAUUUUAGAAGACAAAUUUACCCUUCUACCUCAGCAGUAAGUAAAUAAUACGGAGUACGCAGAUAAUACGCAGAUACUUCCAUUCGAUCAAUUGCGCCGCUAUAGCGUCCGCCUUCACCGGAAUAGCGUGCCCGCUAUUGCGGCCGCUAUAUCCGCUACACCCAAAUGCGACGCUACAGGUACUACUCUGGUAGCGCCAACCUUGACCUCCGCUCUGCAAUACUGCAAUUCAGGACUGAUAAAUGAUGGAUCUUAAAAAAUGCUGUAUAGUUGUAGGUUCUUGUUCAAUACUUCUAGUGUGGAAAGUGUUGAACUGUUGAUUACAAUCAAACUUGUGAACUUGUGGUUAGGUUCUAUGCUCCACUCACUGUGCCACCACUUCUAGGGAAUCUGGGCGAGUGGUUCUUAUGAGAACACUUGUUAUGAUGUUAUCAUAAAGCACAUUUUCAUAAAUGUGAACAUUCAAUCCCCAUCCAGUGUUCUAUUACUCGCUAGGCGCUAGUCGGACGGAUGAGGGGCACCUAGUGUCUAGACAUCAACUAGGGGCUGACUAGGCUGUUUUUUUGGCCGAUUAGUCAUCCACAGUUAUGUAAUGCUUAGCGCCUAGGGGCCGAUUAAUCGGACCAACUAGGCUGAUUUUUAGAACAAUGUCCUCACCUAUCAUUUAUUAACCUUGUUUAUGUAUUCCUUUAUCCAUUUACCUUGUAGUUAUUUUAGAAUAAUUGCAAACAAACUUCCUAUGAAUUUAGAAAUAGUUACGAAAAUGCCACUAUAUGAAUGUGAGCCAUUGACUAAAAAAUGAAGGGUCUAGAUUUAAAGUUUCCAUUAUAAGUUGUGGUUAUGGUUAAAGUUGUUCUCAUUGCUAGUGACAAUUGCCAUUGUCCAUGGGCUAUUACCUGCUAUGGUGUUGUAUGAUUUUGGAUGCAUGUGAUGGGGGAGGGGGUGAACCCUGAUUGGAAUGCUAUUUCCAGGCACACACCUUUGCCAACUAGACCACCUCAUUCGUUAUUCGGCCAUUUCAUCCGCCCUCUAAUUUGAUUAUUUGAUGUUUAUCAUUUUUUUCCCGGAAACUAUCUCUUUGUGCUUUAGUACAAGGGUAAUACUGCGUGUCUGCGUACAUCCGACCCUCCUUACCCCACCUUAGGUGGGAUUGUGGAAGCCUUUGCGGCACUGGGGUAAUGAUGAUGAUGUUAUCAUUUUUUGUUCUUUUACGUUCUAUAUGGUGUUAUUAUACAAAUUAAAUUAGAAAGACAUACUUUGUCCCUAUUUAUGUGAUAGUCUGAAGUCUUCAACACACCUACUUUGUGUUAAUUAAUUGACACGUAGACUAAGGAAUCCAUAUUCUUGAACUUUUUUCAUCCGGCCUGCAAGUCCGUAGAUGGAGAUUGGAGAAAUAUUCUAACAAACAUAAAUUUACCUUAGUUCUUGUGAUAUAUGCUCAGGUCAGGACUCAGGUGUAUAUUAUAUACUGAGCGCAGUUCCUACUCUGUAUUCUACGACUGAUAUUAAUUAUUCUUAUGAGUAAUAAUUAAGUUAAUCACAGAAAGAAGAAAAGCAUAUACUUUAGGCAUUAAAUGCCAGAGUAAUAUGGCACCUGUUCAGUAUAUAUAUGUCAGUAAUAAAGAUAACCUUUUCUUUCUGUUGACAUAUACAACUCUCUCUCUCUCUAUAUAUAUAUAUAUAUAUGUGUGUGUGUGUGUAUAUAUAUAUAUAUAGAUAUCUAUUACACACAGACAUAUUUUGUUGCCAUAUAUGAUAGUAUGACAUGUUCGUUUGCCAUAUAUUAGGUUGACAUUAUGAACAAGCAAUAUUAAGGACAAGGGAAAAGGGGCGCUACUGCAGUGUUGGUUGAAUCUAUUGUACUGUGUGUUGAUUUCUGAGGGAUUCACAAAGCCGUGUAGGAAGAGCUUGGAGAGCUGUGUUUUUCAUAUUUCAACAUGACUGACGUCUGCAGCUUUAUUCAUCAUAUUGAUUUCGUGUAUGAAGAUUGUUGUAGAAAGAACCACUUUGUUUUUAACAUAAUAAAUUGUGCCCCCCCUGCAAAGUUUUUGAACAAAGAAAGAUGAUUAAAAACCAGUG